AUGGAGACGGGCAGGAGCCGCGGCGGCGGCGGCGGCAGCGGCGGCGGCGCGGCUGUCAGCGAGCGCGGCGGCGGCGGCGCGCGCGCGGGGGUCUGCAGGAGGCAGGAGCAGGCCGGGGCCCUCACCGCAGACAUGGACUCGCAUUGUGAGUGCGCCGCGGAGACGCCCGCCGCAGAGCCGCCGUCGGGGAAGAUCAAUAAGGCUGCGUUCAAGUUAUUCAAGAAGAGGAAAUCGGGGGCCACCAUGCCCAGCAUUUUUGGGGUCAAAAACAAAGGGGAUGGGAAGAGCGCGGGGCCGACGGGGAUGGUGAGAAGCAGGACCCACGACGGACUAGCGGAGGUACUGGUGCUGGAGGGCAGCAAGAAGGAGGAGCCUCCCGGCGGGGGCGAUCACGGUGGGGCCCGGCCAAACCCCGGACCCCCCAAAGCCGCCGGGCCUGGCCUGGGCUCCCUGGCCAGCAGCUCGGUGGCCAAGUCCCACAGCUUCUUCUCCCUGCUGAAAAAGAACGGGCGAUCGGAGACCGGCAAGGGGGACCCUGCCGAGGCGAGCAAGGCUGGCGGCAAACAAAAGAGGGGGCUGAAAGGGAUCUUCAGCAGCAUGCGCUGGCACCGGAGGGACAAGCGCGGCAAGGAGGAGGAGGAGAAGGCGGCGCGCGCGGCGGGCCCGGGCAGCCUAGUCCUGCCCGGCUCGCUCACCGCCAGCCUGGAGUGCGUCAAGGAGGAGCCGCCCCGAACCGCGCGCCGCCCGGACAGCCCGGGCCAGGACGCCCCGCGACACGCAGCAGGUGAGCCCGAAGGGGGAGAGCAGGCGCCCGCGUCCGCCGAGCGCGCCCCGGCGCGGACCUGCCUCGAGGCCGCGAGCCCCGCCGGCCUUGGCGACCAAAGCGCCCGGGGAGAGGACGCCGAGGGGCAUUGGCGCGCGGAGAAGCCCGGGGCAGCCCUCGAGUCGGGAGCUGGUGAGGUCCAGGCGGCCGAGGAUGCUUCCAGGACAGGUGACGUUCCGAUAAAGACCGUCCCCCUUGUCGACUCCGAAGGUGGCAGCGGCCGGGCGUCUGCCGUCCCUGACCCUUCCUCUGUUGAUCCACCCUCAGACCCGUCGGCAGAUCGUAUUUGUUUGAUGUUUUCUGACGUGACUUCACUGAAAAGCUUUGACUCUCUUACAGGCUGUGGAGAUAUUAUUGCAGACCCAGAAGAAGAGGCAGGUCCCAGCUGUGACAAGCAUGCCCCCGGGCCAGGCAAGCCAGUGCUCUCUAAAAAGAACCCCAGCGAGGUGGCCUACCAAGGAGGAGGGGAGGAGAUGGCCAGCCCAGAUGAGGUGGACGACACCUAUCUCCCGGAAUUCUGGGACAUGUUGUCCCAGACCGAGGACCAAGGACAAGGGCCCCAAGAGGGCGCCGCGAAGGCAGCCACUGCUUCAGACACCAAGCUGGCCCCUGAGACCUCCAAUGAUGUUCGGUGCGGGGAAGUAGCCAAGGAUGUGUCCUCUGUCAAGCGCAGGAGGCUCCACAAGAUCCCCAUUGAUCCUCAGCAGAAGGAGGAGCCCAAGCACCCCGAGAAGGAGCAUCAAGAAGGCGUCCCUAACAGCGACGAGGGCUACUGGGACUCCACCACUCCUGGUCCAGAAGAAGAUAGCGCCAGCAGCAGUAAGAAGGCCGUCAUUCCCAGGGAUAGCGACAGUGGCGAUGCUCUCUAUGAUCUCUACACUGAACCCGAAGGAAGCUCAGCUGCUGUUCCUGCCACGGAGGACCCACCCUGCUUGUCCCGGCUAAAGCCGGUGUCUCCAGGCACCAUCACCUGUCCACUGAGAACACCAGGCAGCUUGCUGAAGGACUCUAAAAUCCCUAUUAGCAUCAAACAUCUCUCCAACCUUCCGUCCAGCCAUCCUGUGGUGCACCAGCAGCCAGCCAGGAGUGAGAUGCCCAGAACAAAAAUCCCCGUUUCCAAAGUGCUGGUCCGCAGGGUCAGCAACCGGGGUUUGGCUGGGACCACCAUCAGGGCAGCAGCAUGCCAUGACAGUGCCAAAAAGUUGUGAGGUCUCCAAGGCCAAGGAGGAUGGAUGGGCCACGUGUUAAGGAAUACAACACUCCCUCGGAAACCACUGAAGGAAGCUCGCUUUGCCCAAAGCAAACAAUUUAGGACCCACUCUUCUCCAUGUGGCCUAGCAGUCUUUGUUGGAGACAGGAGUAGGACACCCUGGGAAGGGAAUGUUACACCUGAAGUUCAGAUAAGUUCCUGAGGAUUCUUUUCUAGCACUUUCCUUUCUCUUUUAAACUUAAAAAAAAAAGUUUUUUUUUCCCUUCUUUUCUUUUUAACUCGUGGAUCACUCAGAAGUGCAGAAAAUAAGAUUUAACCAAAUCUAGUGAAAAUAUCACACCAGGAUAUCAGGCUAUUCUAGAGUCAAGAGGGCCUUGAGGAAUCCCUAAACAACAGAAUUUAACCAAAUCUAGUGAAAAUAUCACACCAGGAUAUCAGGUUGUUCUAGAGUCAAGAGGGCCUUGAGGAAUCACUUAACAACAGGAUUCUUGCCUCUCUUUCCAGGAAAAAAGGAAAAAAAAAAAAAACCCUUGCUUAUCACUGUGUGGGAAACACCUGCAAAGCUCAAAGAUCCCUGUAGUUAUGUGAUGGAAGGAGGGGCAUGCUGGCUGCAGAGAACCUCACAACGUCCAGUUGCCAGAUACACAAAUAGGUAAAGAUCUGUCUCUACGAAAGCAGAAAGAUUCUAGUUUGGCUGGUUCAGAUCACUUGUCUGAGGAGAAAUAAAAGGCUAAUGAUUAGUUUAUGUGGUUUUUUUUUUGUUUGCUUGUUUUUGAUUUUUAGAUUUAUUCCUUCCUCUUGGUGCAAAAAUGAGGAUCAGGGAAUGAUCUCACUAAAUGCUAAAUACCCAGUAUUUUGUCAUGUGUGAACUUCAACCUUCUUACGUGUAGGUAAUGCAUAUUUUAACAGUUUACCUCACGGUUAACAUUUUACAACUCGUCAAUGAUGUAGAAUUUAGAGUCUGGUCUUAUAGCUGGAAUAUGAUAACAAACCAUUGUGAUUCUUUAUGCACUGUGGCCUGGGGCAGGGAUACUUCUGAUUUAGGAGGGUUAUUUGCAUAUAUAUCUAUAUAGAUAUGCUAUAUAUAUAUACAUAUAUACAUGUAUGUAUGUAUGUAUGUUACUGAUGCCCUUGAACAAUGCAUUGCCUGGCCUUGGUUAACAGUCCAUUUCUCAGCCCAAACCAGAGAUUUUACCUUACUUAUAAAAUGUUGAAUCCAACCAUUUCCCCAAGGUUAGGAAGUACACAAUGAACAUAUGAAGAAGUAAUAGAAAAUACAAGUUUGAAACUAUUCAUUUGGCUUCUGCUGUAUAAACCUGUGCCUGAGACAACUGUGUGCUUCCGGUGACACUGCCAGGCCUAAGUAAUUUUACUAAAUUAUUUUUGAGAAGUGGUUUGAUUCAAUAUGUGCUUUCUAAUAUUUAGGCUGAAACGCCAAUGCGUUGGCAGUUUGAACAAUAUAGUGAAGGGGUUCCUCGAAUGCUCUUAGUGUCUGAUGAUUAAACCGAUGUCCUCUGGAGAUGCAUUUGACUCAAAGGGCUGGAGCUUCUCCCAGAGGUGCUGUGGUCCAUCAGGAAGACGGCACAUAGCCCAGUGACCCUGCAUGUGUGUGAACGAGAUGAGCACAAUGUAACUCGAGUUCCAGAGAGAUGCCUAAGGAAAGGUCUGCUAUUUUGUGUUUUAAGAUUUUAGUUCUAUUUUGUAAAAGAAGAAAAGAAGCUAAAUAUAUGAAAACUUAUUUUAAUAGUAUGAAGGAAGCAAACGUAAGUGGACAUCAAGGAAGACUUGAUGAGGCAUAAAGGAACCUGUUCCUGUUUUCAGUUUGUGGUGGCUCCCUUAGAAGAGGGGGCAGAGGUCUGCUGCAUCCCUGAGUUAGAUUACUGACUUUUACUGUGUUGUCUCAGGUCCUUGAUGCUAUCGCCAAGCAAUGCGUUAAGUUUUAAUGUCCCUGUGUCUAGAGAUGAGACACUCCACGUGCGCAUCACUCUCGGCGUUGGCCUCAUUCUCAGAAACUAUACAAGCAUCUCAGACAUGCUCAGGAAUCCAUCUGGAUAAAAACUACCACACAGAAGACAUCUCAGAAUAGUUGGGGAUUUGACAAUAUUUUGAAAGUCACCUUGCCCUUGAGAAAAAAAAAACCUUUAAAUUUGAUUAGUAUUGAUAGAAAUGUAUAGCCUCCAAAAUACGUUUGUUUUCCCCCUAGAACCAGAGAGGAUAUAAAUUAUACAGCAAGCGGGAAAACAAAGGAACUUUCUCCUUGUGCUUUUCCCUACAAAGAUUAAGUUCACCUUGCACUCUCCAUGGCUGGGUUUUGUUUGCGCUUGUUCAGCUGUGCAGGAAAGGUAGCAUGUGAAGAGCGGGCUCAGCGGUUGUCAGAGGAAUGGCAGGUGGUUGCUGAGGCCCCGGAAGCCACUCCUUCAAGCGUUCCCAGCUUGGGGGUUUAUCUGCAAUCACCCUCUACGGCAUCCUCGCUUUAGAAGUAAAGAAAAAGUUUAGCAAUAUUUACCUUAAUUUCCCCUGGCAAUUGACCAGUUACAAAAGACCUAAAAGACUUUAUUUAUAAAAUUCUUUUUGCCACACUUCUCCCGGCCCCUGAUUUUUCCCCUUUAUCCUGUACGUUUAAGACCAACACUCUGCCAGUCCAGUAAAGGACUUGACAGUGAACUAAAUGUUCUCAGUCGUUAGCAGGUAGCACAGUGGUCAGCUUUCUCCAAACGCAGAGUAGGGGUCAGAGUUGCUUUCUUGGGCCAAGGGUUACUUUGUCUUAUCUGUGUUUGAAAGAAAUUUCUAGAUUUACAUGCGACUGUUUGUAAAUGUGUUAUCUAAUAGUCUUCUAAGAAUUUGACAGAUUUCUUUGCUUACUUUUUUAGAGAAAGGUCAGACAUGAGCACAUGGGGAUUUCUUGGUAUGUACAGUUCUAAGGUCUAUUGGGUUGGCACUCUUUGGUAAAGAGUGCCCCAAAUCAGCCAAAUCAAUUGUGGGGCAGGAAUUUGUCUGUUUAAUGGCUCUGCACAAGUAUCUUUAAUAUCUACAACACACACACACACACACCACGCACACACUACUUAAAGCCAAUUUAGUCCUGCCAUGGCUCUGCUGGCAGUGGAGGCUCUUAUUCUCCUCCAUCACAGAGUGGGAGACAUUUCAUUUACCACAGCAUCUCCAAUAAUUGAUGGAGGAAGGUCAUUGGCUAAUAAAGACACUGCCCUGGCCCAUUUUAUUGGUUAGAGGAUAGGUGGGAGGAGUAAACAGAACAAAAUGCUGGGAGGAAGAGGAAGUGA